AUGGCAUUUGCUGCAUCGCGCCACAUGCUGGAAAAGGUGAAAAUUUUUCCUCUCCUGGUAGUCAUGGUCAUGGUCAAGGUCCUCGGCAAGGAAUCGGCGGCAGAUACGAGCGAUGAGCUGGCCAUGACAACAGAAUCGCGACUGGCAUCUUUAGCGGCCGUGAGACAAAGGUAUUUUUGGGACACUCUGCGCCACGAGUGGGUCAACUCUGCAUCCACAUCCGCCAUAUCGGGAGUGCAACGCCUGUUAGCUAUUACUGCAUUCAAUCGCCAUGAUGACCAAGCCGUACCUGUACGGAAAUAA